AUGGAGGACUUGGAAAAUAAUACCACUGUCUUCUCCACCCUGAGAUCCCUCAACAACUUUAUUUCACAGCGUAUGGAGGGGGUGUCUGGACUGGCCACACCAGGAUCGUCUCAAAGCUCCUUGCAGAUUCAGUACCAGCAGAGGGUGCAGUUGGAAGAACAAGCUGGGCAGAUCCACUCCAAAUCCCAGCUCCUGCAGGUGGAACGAGAGAAGAUGCAGAUGGAGCUUAGCCACAAACGAGCUCGCAUUGAGCUCGAGAAGGCAGCUAAUACCAAUGCCAGAAACUAUGAGCGAGAGGCUGACCGUAACCAGGAGCUGCUCACACGCAUAAAACAGUAUCAGGAAAGGGAAGCAGAAGCUGAGAAUAAACUGAAAGAACAAAUGGAGAUGAACAAAUCCUAUAAGAAGAGCAUGGAGACAAUGAGUAAGAAGCUGCAAGAGAAGGAGAGCAAAUUAGCUGAAGCUAAUGAAACAAUCACUAUAUUAAAAGGGAAAAUAUCAGAGCUGCAAUGGAAUAUAAUGAACCAAGAGAUGCAGAUGACAAGCCAAGACUCUCAGAAGCAGGAGCUGAUGGAACAGCUGGAUGUUCAACAUAAAAAAUGGCAAGAGGCUAGUCAGCAAAUCCAGACAUUACAAGCAAGCCAAUCUCUACUGGCGGAAUAUGAACAGAAGAUUAAGGAUCUGGAACAGAAGUUCUCCCAGCAGGAACAUGAUGCUCUAAUUGUCAAGAACAUGAAGGCAGAAUUGGCUCGUUUCCCAAAAAUGGAGCGGGAAUUGCGCCAACUCAGAGAGGAAAAUGCCUACUUCAGGGAAAUGAAAGAAAACAAUGGAUUGCUUAAAGAGGAGGUAGAAGGUCUCCAGAGAAAACUGGAACGCUAUGAGAAAGUACAAGCGCAACUAGUGACUGUUGAAUUGGAAAAUGAGAAACUUCUGGGAAAAUUAAAAAGCUGGGAGAAACUGGACCAGAGCACUGGCUUGAAUAUCAGGACGCCUGAUGAUCUGUCAAGGCAAAUUGUGGCCCUGCAGCAAAGGGAGAUUGUGCUGAAAGAGCAGAACUCUACCAUCACAAACAGUGCCCGAAUACUGGAGAAGGCCCGGCAGCAGCUACAGGAAGAAAUACUACGGGUGCAGAGCCAACUCUUGGACGAGAAGAAGAAGCGUGAGCAGCACGAAGCACUGGUCAGACGGCUGCAGAAACGUGUCCUGCUGCUCACCAAGGAGCGGGACGGGAUGCGGGCAAUUCUGGAGUCGUACGACAGCGAGCUGACCCCUUCGGAGCACUCGCCCCAGCUGAGCCGGCGUAUGCGUGAGGCCGAGGAGAUGGUGCAGAAGCUGCACGCUCAUAACACCGAGCUGGAGGCUCAGCUGGCUCAAGUUCUGGAAGAAGUGGGAAAUCAUAAGCAAAGAGCAGAGAUGCUGGAGGUGGAGAUGAAGGUCCUGAAGUCUCAAGAGUGCACAGCUGAGCAAAGCACCGUCAUCACCAAGGAGGAGGUUGACACGCUCAGGCUGAAAAUUGAGGAGCUGGAAGCUGAACGCAGCAAGCUGGAAGAGGAGAACCGAUCUCUGGAAAUGAAACUGGAGAAGCUGACUCUGCAGGGUGACUAUGACCCCAGCAGAACCAAAGUUCUUCAUUUCAGCAUGAACCCGGUGAGCUUGGCCAAGCAGCAGCGCAAGGAAGAGCAGCAGCAGCUCCAGGAGGAGUGCGAAAGGCUGCGGGAGCUGGUGAGGGUGCUCGAAGGAGGCGGCUCCGUCCCUGGGAAUCUGGAAGGAGUUGGGAGUUUUCAGUCACAGGAGAUUGCAGAGCUGAAGAAGCAAGUGGAAAGUGCAGAACUGAAAAACCAGCGUCUGAAAGAAGUUUUCCAGACCAAGAUCCAGGAGUUUCGCAAGGUGUGCUACACGCUAACGGGGUACCAGAUCGACAUCACGACUGAGAACCAGUAUCGACUCACCUCCAUUUACGCCGAGCACCAAGGGGACUGCCUGCUUUUUAAGGCCUCCAGCUCCUCCGGUGGAAAAAUGCAGCUUCUGGAAACGGAGUUCUCGCGAACCAUCCGGGAGCUCAUCGAACUCCACCUGCUCCGCCAGGACAGCAUCCCGGCCUUCCUCAGCGCCCUCACCCUCGACCUCUUCAGCCGCCAGACCAUUGCUUAG